AUGAGCGCGGAGUUUGACUUUGAUCAGAUUCUCAACCUCGAGGAAGGUUUCUACCAGCAAGGGUUUGAUGAGGGCCAAAGUGAAUCUACCAAGAAACAGUACAUAGAAGGCAAAGAAUUCGGCUACCAGACCGCUUACCAAAGAUUUAUAAUCAUCGGCUACGUCAAGGGCUUGCUCAAGACGAUUCCCCAGACCCACGCGUCGCUAUGCUCUUCCAACAAGGCGUUGAGCCUCACGUUACUGCAGUUGACCAAACUCGUGGGCGAAGUCAGGCCCGACAAUAGCGAUGUUUCCGUGGCAAUCUUUGAGACGAAUAUCGUGAAGAUCAGAAACAAGUGCCGUGUCUUGAACGGGUUACUAAAGCAUCAAGGCGAUUUGGUUAAGGAGAUUGACGCCUUGGUGGGUGAGAUUAGUGGUCAAAUCAAGACCAGCGAAAGCGCAGAUAACAUGUGGUAA